CUGGAGACAAACUCCGACUAUGCCAGGAUGUUAUCGGAAACAGACAGAGCGGCCAGGUCUUCCCGCGGCUCUAACGACCCUUCUGUGACGUCAUCGAGAAGCUCGGGCGGGGCAGAAGGACAACAGCAACAGCAACAGCAACAGCAGGGCCCAGAGACCGAGGAUUUCGUCAACAAAGUCUGCAAAUUCGAGAUGAUUUCCAGAACAAAAUCCGGCUCUUCUUCUGCCACGUCGGCGAAAAGUCCGACCUCGAAAACGAGCCCGGGGAAAUCUUCCACCGCCAAAUCCCCGUCCAGCUCCUCGCUGUCCUCCCAGACGGGCUUUUCGGACAAAACGAACAGCAUGGCUAGUAGUGGUAGUGGUGGUAGCAGCAGUAACAACAACAACAACAACAGCAGCAGCAACAACAACAGCCCUGUUUCUCCGUUCGGCGGCCCACAGUCCCCUACCGCCGGGUUUGUGGGUGAGAAGGUGUUCACUCGGGACACGGCCACAACGAGGGUGUCUGCGAGCCUUCUGCAGGGUUUGAACUCUGACCGCGUGGCCAGUACGGCCAGCUCUAAUUCUCUGACCAGCGUGAGUACUCUCAGCUGGACGUCCGACGCCUCGGACAGUUCCGGUGGCGCGACCAGCUCACGGGGUCACAGCGGGGUCAAGAGGUCACCGCACAACAGUAGUUGUUCCGGGGCGGGGCUCUCGGCGGAGGAUGAAGACACGCCCACCCCCGUGGCUAGUCCCCGCCCCCUUGCUGGGAGCGUGAUUCAGGGCAGGGGGAGCAAGCGAGGCGGGGUGAUCGAUUUGAGCUCCUCUUCUUCUUCUUCUGCUUCCCCCUCCUCGUCGGCUGCUGCCUUCACAUUCCCUCAUCAACAGCAGCAUCAGCAUCACCAACCAGCGCCGGUCACCAGAAAGUUUGUGACUCUCUCUUCCCCCGACAACGAUAACCCACCCCUUCCUGUUGUCACGCCCCUCCCCAACCCGACCAACUCUCUCCGCUUUGUCGUGUCUCCCAACGGUCGCGGGGGCAGCAGCGGCGACAGACACACCGACCCCACUUCGCCCUCGGAUAAAGACACCCACCACCAGCCCUCGCCAACAUCCUCGGUGAGUAGCAGCAGCAGUAGUAGCAGUUUCGCUGCCGGUGUCGCUUCUUCACACGAGACCAACACUGCUGCUUCUGCUCACCCGACACACAGGAACACUUUCGAGGGCAUCGAUUUCGACUUCAACGAUCUGACCGCUCCGGAAAAGGAGCUCGCUCUCAAGCACAGAGAGAUCGUGGCGGAGAGAAAGAAGGAGCAGGAGAGAGAGAAGCAGGACAGACAGCGACUGGAGGAGAUUCUCAAAAUGUGUGAGGAUUACCAGAACGAGAUCAGCACCGAGCUGACCUCUACCCCAGGGGGUGGGCCCCCUACCCUCUCUUCCAACACGUAUGGAUUUACCUCGGCUCAACACAAACCAAAAAUCUCCCCCCACCCCAACCACCUCCAACAACACCUCCCACAGAACGUACAACAACAACAACAACAACAACAGCAACAACUACAGAACGCGUACGCCAAGAGAAGUCAGCCCCCCGGCGUGUUAGACGUGAGCAGAGACCGCGCGAACUCGCCAUCAUCAUCAUUAUCGUCAACCCCUUCCUCCUCCGACAGACGAGAGAGAGCGGGGAACAUGACCAAAAUCAAGACCAACGGCUCCCUCAUGCUCAACUCACCCACCAACUCCCACAAAGAGUUUGCCAGCUUCCCCAUACCGCAGGCGACAGCAACAGCAACAGCAACGACAGCUACUGCUGCUACAACUGCAGCUUCUACCAGCGGACAGGCGAAAGGAGAGACGUCUUCGGCGUAUUCUUCCAACUCGGAGGACGAGACAGUGGGCACGAGCGAGGACACGGGGACCAUCAAGAAAAGACCGAGCCCUGGCGAGGGCCCCGCCAGCCCUUUCCGAGAGCAACAACAACAACAGCAACAACAACAACAGCAACAAGAGCUGUUUCAAGACACGAGUUCAGGAAAACCCGACGGUCCCAAUUUGAGAAAACCCGCUCCGGUGUCUUCGUCAUCAUCAUCGUGGGGAAAACCCGGAUCCGGAGCCGCCUUGUUCCAGGACUCGAUCUCGGUCUCGGCCAGCGUGGACCCCGAGUCCAACACGGUGAGCGUGUCGGACGACUACACCGAGUCCGUCACCAUGGCGACGCUAUCCGCCGAGGCCGAUCCCGAUUCUGAUCCCAUCUACGACGACGUGCACACGUCGAGCCCGACCCCCGCCACCCCCACCCUCCUGUCCCCCGUGAGCGGCGUGGUGGUCCCUCACGACCCCCGACUCGG